AUGCAUCUACGUGUCCUUUGCUUAGAAUUUGUCAUACUGACGCUGAAAAACUUUGCGCUGAAUGCGCCCUGCAGUCAGUGUGCAAAUUACUCCAACUGGACCCCAGACAAGGCGGUUGAUGGCAACAGCCAGUCGUGCAGCCAAACAGACGUCUGGAGUAAAGUCUACUACUCUCGACACAUCCACUGGUGGCGAGUAGACUUAGGCAAGCUCAUUCUGGUGUCAUACAUCGUCAUCACCAACACCAUGGACAACUGCUGCAGUGACAGACUGGCCAACUUCACCGUGGAACUGGGGAGUCUGGAGUCCAACGGCAGCAUCACCUACACGGUGUGUCGUUACCAUGACGGCGUUGCUGGACCCCUGACGUCCCUGAACUGCACGAGGUCCAUCUGGGGUCAGUUUGUCCGCAUAUCAUUGACGGGAGUGGCUCUCACACUGUGUGAAGUGGAGGUUAUGGCGACACGGACAACAGUAGCGCAGGACAUUUCUCAGCAAUGUCGCUCAUCCCGACCGACUUCACCUGUAACGACGUUGGUCCUCUGACAUCGCCAGCGACAACGGAACUCACGACAGCAGCGGUAACAUCGACUACGAACCUAUACUUAACGACGGAAGAAAAAGAGUUAACGACAUUUUCAGAGGGCACAUCUGAAGCCAAAGUGUCAACAGAGAAUCCAGGACUAACGGAGGAGGUGACAGUGUCAACAAAGAGUCCACAACUGACGGAUAAGAUGACAGUGUCAACAAUGUAUCCAGAAAAUACGACAGAAGCAAAGGAAUCCACGGAGCACUCAUCG